AUGGCGAAUAAAUGGAUAAUCCCAUUCCUCGUGGGAAUGAUGCUGUUGACGGGCUGCUCGAACACGAUCCUCACCAAGUACCAAGAUCAACAAUGUGUUCGCAACUGCGACGACAAGAACCCCAAGCACCACCAGACGUUUGAGCAGCCGGUCAUCCAAACUGUUCAGAUGUUCAUUGGAGAAAUGGGCAGCUGGAUCGUCAUUCUGGGGUUCUACCUCUAUCGCCUGAUUGCCCUACGCUACAGCGACGCGCCUCUCCUAUAUCGGCCUGUGAACACAGACGAAGAGCAAGAGGAGGAAGAAGACGACGAUACAGUCCGUCCGACAUCAUCACGAGGUGCAGGUGCCGCGAGUCCAGCACUGAAACCGCUUUACCCCAACGCCGACGACCGAGCACCACUUGAAGGAUGGAAGCUCGUGCUGUUGGGACUUCCGGCCUGCUGCGACAUUGCCGGGACGACGCUGAUGAACGCCGGCCUGUUGUUCGUGGCGGCAUCCAUCUACCAGAUGACGAGAGGAGCACUGGUCUUGUUCGUCGGAUUGUUCAGCGUCGUGUUUCUGAAGAGACGAUUGUUUCUGUACCACUGGGUGUCGUUGCUGAUUGUGGUGCUGGGUGUGGCUCUCGUGGGCCUUGCCGGGGCCAUCUACUCGGGCGACAAAAACGCGCAAGGAUCAACAGAUGCGGAACUACUCCUCCACGAGACCCUACUCAGUGUUCGAGAUGCGGUCGUGGUUCAAGCCACUGAUCCGGCGGUCCUGAAGACAGUGCUGGGAAUCUGUCUGAUUGCUUUUGCGCAGAUCUUUACGGCCACUCAGUUCUGCCUGGAAGAAUGGAUUCUGGAAAACUACGCUCUGGAACCACUCAAAGUCGUGGCUUGGGAAGGUCUCUUUGGCUUCAUCGUCACUGUCGUGGCCCAGGUCAUUCUUCACUUCACAGUCGGCAUUUCCAAGAGCGGGAAAUAUGGUUAUUUCGAUGCUGCUGAGGGAUAUCGUCAGGUUCUGACAAAUCGAGCCAUUGGCAUUUCUAGUCUGGCUAUCAUGGUGUCCAUUGGCGGGUUUAACUUUUUCGGUUUGUCGGUGACCAGGACGAUUUCGGCCACCUCUCGAUCCAUCAUUGACACUUGUCGCACUCUGUUUAUCUGGAUUGUCUCGUUGGGUUUGGGAUGGGAGACUUUCAAGUGGCUCCAGGUGGUUGGGUUUGCUUUGCUCGUCUACGGCACGUUCAUGUUCAAUGACCUGAUCAGACCACCGAUCAAGGCUCUUUUGCCACGGGCUCAAGAGGCAGAAGAGCGUGGUGAACUUUUGCCGGAAGAGCCGAUCGAACAUAUGUAG